AUGGCGUCGAGACUCGACAGAUUGGUCACGAUUCUCGAAACGGGAAGCACCCGUCUGAUUCGUGACACCGCUGUCAACCAACUUGCCGAUUGGCAAAAGCAGCACCCUGAUGAGCUGUUCAACCUUCUUUCCAGAGUUGUGCCUUACCUCCGACACAAGGACUGGGAGACACGCUCUACAGCAGCCAAGGCGAUAGGCAAGAUCACCGAGAACGCACCUCUGUAUGACCCUAAUGAAGAUGAGGACUUUGCACCAGUCAAGAAGGAUGAACCAGAAGAAAACGGGCACGUGAAGAAGGAGGAGGAAAAGGACGUUACCUCUUUUUCUACCAAUGAGCUCCUCAAGUUGGGAUCGCUCAACGUAGAGCAUAUCAUAAAGUUUGGUCGCCAACUUCUGAGAGGCGGGAACAUCGAGUAUGCUCUGGCUUCAUUAGACCCCCCGGCACGACUCGCACACCAAAAGAAAACCCUCAACGGACGACUUGGCCUGUUGGGCAGGGUUUUCGAGGAUGCCGAGAUGCCUGUCCUGGUCGAAAAAGAGCCUAGCCCUCUAACCCCACAAGAGUCGGCAAAUGGCCACAAUGGCAGCAAGGAGAGCGCAACCGCCCACGGUCAAACCCAGCCGGCAGAGGAAGCAGGCUUGAGCUCAAGGCAACUCAACGUUCUCAAGAGGAAACGCAAGAGAGAGUUGCAGAAGGCUGCGCAGGGCAAAGGGGGGUUUGGAGACUUGACCAUGAGAAGGACUACGACAGCAGGUUCCGAAGGUUUCGACGAAACUCCAGCAGCAGAUGCCGACACGAAGCAGAAGAAUGGGAAGGUGAACGACUACUUCAACUUGGAAAGACCUGCGGAGUUCGACGAGGAAUCAAAGGUUGUCAGCGAGUUCAAAGGACAAGUGAUCCCGAUCAAAUCGGAAAUCGAGGUUGACGAGACCAUGGAGGGUGCUGAGUGGCCCUACGACAGAUUGUGCGAUUUCCUCAAGGUUGAUCUUUUUGACCCUUCCUGGGAGACCCGCCACGGAGCUGCGAUGGGCAUUCGAGAGGUGAUUCGUGUCCACGGAGGUGGAGCUGGCAGGAUUCGUUCAAAGUCACGGGCUGAGAAUGACCGCUUGAAUCAGGCUUGGCUGGACGACCUGGCUUGCCGACUCUGCUGCGUCCUGAUGUUGGAUAGAUUUACCGACUACAGUUCCGAUACCUCGGUCGCUCCGAUUCGCGAAACGAUCGGUCAAUCUCUCGGAUCAGUCCUCCGCCACAUUCCGGCAGAAUCUGUUCACGGCAUCUACAAGAUUCUCUAUCAAAUGGUCAUGCAGGACGAUCUUCAACUCGAUAUGCUUCAGUGGUCCGUCUGCCACGGUGGCAUGGUUGGCCUGAGAUACGUUGUUGCGGUUAGGAAAGACCUGCUGCUGGAGGACAGUGAGAUGAUCGAUGGCGUCGUUCGUCUAGUCAUGAAGGGCCUGGAGGAACACGACGACGAUGUCAGAGCAGUGAGCGCCGCAACGUUGCUCCCCAUGACCAAGGAAUUCGUCACAUUACGACCCGGUUCCAUUGACAGCCUCAUCAACAUCAUGUGGGGCAGUUUGGCCGAUCUUGGUGACGACCUGAGCGCCAGUACCGGUAAGAUCAUGGACCUACUUGCGACACUCUGCAGCUACCCUGAAGUACUGCAGGCCAUGGAAACGUCGGCGGCGCAAGAUGAGGAGCGGUCUUUCACCUUGUUGGUGCCGCGUCUGUAUCCUUUCCUCCGACAUACCAUUACUUCCGUCCGCUUAGCUGUGCUCAAGGCUCUAAUGACCUUCGCGAAUCUGGGAGCUGAGAAUUCUCGAGGCUGGCUCAAUGGAAGAAUUUUACGAUUGAUCUUCCAGAACGUCUUGGUCGAGAGGGAUAGAGAAACACUGGCAAUGUCUUUGGACGUUUGGACAGCCCUGGUUCGCUCACUUGCGCAGACGCCCGAAAUCCUUGCCGACGAGUUCGCUGCGCAUGUUGAGCCUCUGAUGAGACUAACACUGCACCCGAUUGGUGUGUCCCGGCACCCCCUACCCAUGCCCGCCCACCUAUUCCAGAAGCCAUCAGGCGGCAACUAUGCACCUGUUGUCGUCACACCCGCCCGGAAGGCCUCCUCCCCCGACGGACCCGAGAGAGCAAACAAGCGACGUCGCAAAUCUGCUAAGACGGAUGACGCUCCUGUUACCUCCCAUACCCAUGACGUAGACGGGCACAUGAUCCAGGGAGACGUGGACCUUGUCGGCAUGGAUACUCUGAUACGAUCGAGAGUAUCGGCCGCCAGAGCCAUGGGCCUGAUCAUGUCCUUUAUUCCUGUCGCCAGCCUCGCUGAGUACGAUCAACUUCUUCUCGCCGGUAUCUCGGACCGGGCGUCGUCUACACAGCUCUCGGCAUGCAUGGUCAUUGACGAGUAUGCCACAAACGGCCCUGCCGAAGGAGCCCAAAGAUACGCCUCGCCGCUACAGAAGAUUAUUGAGACUGAACGCCCUGCUCACUAUAGCGACCUGGUCAGCUAUAUGCAUAGGGUGCGAUCCCAGUGUCAGCAACUUCUCAAUAUGUUCCGCGAUCACGGGAAAGUGUCCAGUGGGCGGCUUCCAACACUAGCAGUUCUGGUUCAGGGUGACGAGCAAGCAGGCCCUGGUGCCUUUUCCAUUGCGGUCGCAGACAAGGUCGUUGGAGAAGAUUUCGACAAGCUUAAGAAGGCUAUGUCUCCAGGACAGCGUCUGGUUGCCAGCCAAAUGCUCGCCGAAGCCAGAGAAGUGGCCGUAUCUGCGAUUAGCGACGCCAAGACCGCCAAGGAUUCACGAGAUGUGCGCAUCAAAGCAGGUGCAGCUUGCGCCUUGGUUGCAAUCAAGGCCCUUCCUAAGAAACCUAGUCCACUGAUCAAGGGCAUCAUGGACAGUAUCAAGACGGAAGACAAUCAGGUGCUCCAGAGCCGGGCUUCGGCGACUAUUGCAAGACUUGUCCAAGUGUUCAACGAGAUGGGUCGUCGCGGACCGGCCGACAAGGUUGUUUCCAACCUAAUCAAGUUCUCAUGUGUCGAGGUUGCCGAGACUCCAGAGUUCCCUGUCCACGCAAGCAAGACGGAUUGCGUGCUUUCAAUGCAAAAAGAAGAAGAUCGGGUAGAUCACGCGGACGCCGCCAAGUGGGCAAAAGAAGUCAAGGCUGCCCGCAUCACCCGUCGUGGCGCCAAGGAGGCGCUGGAGAUACUAUCCAAGACCUAUGGCGCGGGGCUGCUCACAGCCGUACCUACUAUCAGGGUAUUCAUGGAGGACCCUCUUGUUAAGGCAUUCUCUGGCACAUUGCCGGCCGAGGCUAAGGAUCCCGAGGAUACCUUUGGCCAAGAAAUCGUCGAUGCCUUGUCCCUCAUUCGGACGCUCAUGCCAACCCUCGACAAGGCUAUGCAUCCCUUCAUUAUGGAAAAGGUGCCGUUAGUCAUCAAGGCCUUGCAUUCGGAGCUCUCUGUCUUCCGUUACAUGGCAGCCAAAUGCAUGGCUACCAUUUGUAGCGUCAUCACGGUCGAGGGUAUGACCGCUCUCGUCGAGAACGUCUUGCCAUCCAUCAGCAAUCCCAUCGAUCUCAACUUCCGCCAAGGUGCAAUCGAAGUCAUUUACCACUUGAUUGCUGUGAUGGGCGACGCAAUUCUUCCUUACGUUAUCUUCCUCAUUGUUCCCGUCCUGGGCCGCAUGAGCGACUCCGAUAACGAGAUUCGUCUGAUUGCGACGACAUCUUUUGCAACAUUGGUCAAGCUCGUGCCCCUGGAAGCAGGCAUCCCCGACCCUCCUGGUCUGUCUGAAGAGUUGCUCAAGGGAAGAGAUCGAGAACGAACCUUUAUUUCCCAACUGCUGGACCCCAAGAAAGUGGAAUCGUUCCAGAUUCCUGUUGCCAUUAAGGCAGAACUUCGUUCAUACCAGCAAGAUGGUGUCAACUGGCUUCACUUCCUGAACAAAUACCACUUACACGGGAUUCUUUGCGACGACAUGGGUCUCGGAAAGACCUUGCAAACCAUCUGCAUGGUUGCCAGCGACCAUCAUCAGCGCGCUGAGGAGUUCGCCAAGACGGGCGCACCCGACGUCCGCCGCCUCCCUUCUCUGGUUGUCUGCCCUCCUACACUGUCCGGUCACUGGCAACAGGAGAUCAAGACUUACGCGCCUUUCCUCAGCGUUACUGCCUAUGUGGGUCCGCCAGCUGAGAGGAAGUCUAUGAAGGAUAGCCUGGAUAAGACCGAUAUUGUCGUCACCAGCUACGAUGUCUGCCGAAAUGAUGCCGACGUCCUUGCAAAAUACAACUGGAACUACGUCAUUCUGGACGAGGGACAUUUGAUCAAAAACCCGAAGGCCAAAAUCACCAUUUCCGUCAAGAAGUUGGCCAGCAACCAUCGGUUGAUUUUGACAGGGACACCUAUCCAAAACAAUGUGUUGGAGCUCUGGUCUUUGUUCGACUUCUUGAUGCCCGGUUUCCUUGGUGCUGAGAAGGUCUUCCUGGACCGUUUUGCAAAGCCCAUUGCUGCAAGUCGCUUCAGCAAAGCGUCUUCAAAAGAACAAGAAGCAGGUGCUCUGGCCAUUGAGGCUCUUCACAAGCAAGUCCUGCCUUUCCUUCUACGACGCCUCAAGGAGGAGGUUCUCGAUGACCUUCCGCCAAAGAUCUUGCAGAACUAUUACUGCGACUUGAGCGACCUUCAGAAGAAGCUGUUUGAUGACUUCACCAGAAAGCAAGGCAAGAAGCUGCAAGAAGAGGCCGGUCGUGAGGAUAAGGACGCCAAGUCACACAUUUUCCAGGCCCUGCAGUACAUGAGAAAGCUAUGCAACUCUCCAGCCAUGGUCAUGAAGCCUGGACACGGUAUGUACGAAGAGACUCAACGAAUCCUUAACAAGCAAGGCACCAGUCUCGAGGAUCCGGUUCAUGCACCCAAAUUGACCGCUUUGCGAGACCUACUCGUCGACUGCGGCAUUGGUGUAGAAGAAGCUGAAUCGAAUGAUCCUCUGUAUCAGCCAAUCAAGCCUCAUCGCGCUCUCAUUUUCUGCCAGAUGAAGGAGAUGUUGGACAUGGUUCAAAACACGGUGCUCAAGACCAUGUUGCCGGGUGUCACGCACCUUCGUCUAGACGGUGGAGUUGAAGCCAACAAGCGACAAGACAUUGUCAACAAAUUCAACAGCGACCCUUCAUACGACGUCUUGCUCCUGACCACUAGUGUUGGAGGUUUAGGACUCAACCUGACGGGUGCCGACACGGUCAUUUUUGUUGAACAUGACUGGAACCCACAGAAAGAUAUGCAGGCCAUGGACCGAGCUCACCGCAUCGGACAGAAGAAGGUUGUCAACGUGUACCGCCUGGUGACGAGAGGCACCCUAGAAGAGAAGAUUCUGAGCUUGCAACGCUUCAAAAUUGACGUCGCUUCAACCGUGGUCAAUCAACAGAAUGCGGGCUUGGCCACGAUGGAUACAGACCAGAUUUUGGAUCUCUUCAACCUCGGGGACACAGGACCCAGUCUCAUAUCAGAUAAGCCUCAAAACUCGAUGGAGGGAAGAGAGGAAGACAUGGUGGAUAUCGAAACGGGAGAUGUCGUCACGGGCAAGCAACCUGGCAAGAAGGCUUGGCUCGACGAUUUGGGCGAUCUUUGGGAUAAUCGCCAGUACGAGGAGAGUUUCGACCUGGAUGUCAGCGAGGAUUACUCGACCUUUGACUUCCCCGCCACGGCGCCCUAUCUCCUACUCUCUGGAGAUGUCGGGAGUCUAUCUGACUAUGACAGCUAUCUCGGGUUCAUCCAGCGCCAGACAGAUCGGUACAAGGGCGUCCUGCUGGUGCUGGACAAUCACGAGUUUCACGAUCUCACGUACGACGGAACCAUCGAAGCGGCAGCAAGGCUUGAGACAGAGCCGUCGUUGGGGAGGAAGUUGCAUAUACUCCACCGGCUCAGGUUCGAUAUCACCGUUACGAACGUGAGUAUCCUCGGAUGCACUUUGUGGACGAUGGUCCCGGAGGAGGCGAGGGCUACGGUCGUGGGCAGGGUCAAGGAUUUCCAGCGCAUUGAGGGAUGGAGUCUCGAAGCACACUGCGCGGCUCAUGGGGAGGACUUGGCGUGGUUGAAGAGGGAAUUGCGGGAGACGAUGCUGAAGGCAAUCACGCAUCUGAACCGUUUUGCGAAAUCAUCCGUCAAGAUGCCUGUAGACUACAGCAAAUGGGACGCGCUGGAGCUCAGCGACGACUCGGAUGUUGAGGUCCACCCCAACGUCGAUAAGCGCUCCUUCAUCCGAGCAAAGCAGAACCAGAUCCACCAGGAGCGCUUACAGCGCAAACACCAGAUCGAGACACUCAAGUACGAGCGCAUCAUCAACGAUGGCCUGAUGAAGCGCAUAUCCAACCUCUUGGACGCCCUCAAGUCCCAUGCCUCCGAGGCCGAGACCCGCAACCCCGGCGAGGUGGCUUUCCAAGCUGUCAUGGAAUCCGCCGGGAAGCCCGAAGAUGAUCAGCCGCCCCCGCGUCCCGAGGGCAUCCACGCCGACUCGGAGCCGCUGCCCAGCUUCUCCAAGAUGAUGGCCGUGCUGCUGGACCAGGUCAACAAGGAACUAGACGAGAAGAAGCCCGAGAACCGCUACAAGGCCAUGCUCGAGGGCGUUGAGGGACACUUGACCAAGGUGCAGAAUCUGCAAAAGGAAUUAUUUGCAAAGCUGGCCGAGCUGGAGAAGGAGGAGGGACGCAAGAUCACGAGCGAGGGCAUCCAUACGGGCUUCGACAGCUCGCACGUCAACAAGUCCAAGGACACGGAUAAGAAGGAGGAGCAGCGCAAGCCGGAGCUCCUGAACCCCAAUUUUGACAUGACACAGUCCCUUCCGGCCAAGUCAAGCACAUCGUACGACGACGACGAGGAAAUCGAGGCGUCGCCCGCCGCCAAGAAGUUUGCGCAGAUCAAGGCCGAAGACUACACGUCCAGCGCGCAGUACCUUUCCAAGAACCCGCAGAUCCUGACGGAGCGGGAGACGGACGGCCUGCUGGUCCUCGCAUUCGACGCCGCCCUCGAGAGCAAGGACGACUACUGCCGGCAGUGCGUCCACCAGGCGCUGCUUCUGCAGUACUGCCGGGCGCUGGGCAAGGACGGCGUGGGCAUGUUCUUCAAGCGCAUCACGACCAAGGGCCACCAGGCGCAGGAGGUGUUCUACAAGGACGUGCAGGACACGUACGGCAAGAUCAGGAACCGGGCGCGGGAGAUUGUCAGGGAGCGCGCCAGCGAGCCCGAGGGCGUGGAGCAGAUCCAGCUGCACGCGGUGGAACCCGGCACGGAGAUCAAGAUUACGAUCCCGCCCAAGGACAGCGAGGACCCCGCCGUGAAGCAGGGACGGGAUAUUUUCGAGGCAUUCAGCGCCGACUUCCAGAAGGCUCUGGAGAGCGGGAGCCUGGAUGAGGUUAAUAAGGUGCUGGGCAAGAUGAAGGUUGAAGAAGCCGAGGAUAUUGUCGGCAAGCUUGGAGACGCCGGCAUCUUGAGUCUGGAGGAGCAGAUUAUCGACGCAACGACGGAGGAGGGCCAAAAGGCGCUCAAGGACAUGGAGGCGGCGCAAGCCGGUUCCGAGUCCGGAUACGCCCCGGACCCUGAAUAA